AUGGCGACGGCGGUACCGGGAGCAGCCGCGGCCUCCCGCUCCCGCUGCUACUCCCUCGCCUGCGCUCCCCGGCCACCAGCGCCGCGCCGGCGAGGCCCCGCUCCGCCGCACGCUGCGGCGGAGGCGGCGAUAGAGGUACGCGUCUGCACGAACCGCACGUGCGCGCGGCAGGGCGGGCGGGAGGUGCUGGCGGCGCUGGGGGCCCUCGCGCCGCCCCCGCCGCGCGUCGACGUGGCCUCCUGCGGGUGCCUCGGCCGCUGCGGCGCGGGGCCCAACGUCGCCGCCUCCGUCCCCGGCCGCGGCACCGCCGUGUUCGCCCACGUGGGCACGCCCGCGCGCGCCGCGCGGCUCCUGGAGCACCUCCUCGGCGCGGCCGAGUUCGACGCGGACGCGGGGCUCGCCGCGCUCGCGGUAAGGGAGAAGGCGGAGGCCGCCCUCGCCGAGGGGAACGCCGCCGAGGCCGAAGCCCUCUUCACCGAGAGUAUUGGACUGAAUGCUCCCGGUGGUCUGCAUAUGGUGUACGGGAGCAGGUGUAAAGCGAGAUUGGCAAUUGGGGAUACCACCGGUGCCCUUGCGGAUGCGGAGGAAGCGAUAAGGAUAGCUCCCAAAUUUCCUCAGUCUCACUUGUCGCGAGGAGAUGCACUAUUUGCAACGGGGGAGUAUUAUUCCGCAGAGGAUGCUUAUGCAGAUGCCUUGGUCCUUGAUCCAUCUAUUCGUCGGUCCAAAUCUUUCAAGGCCCGCCUGGAGAAACUAAGAGAGAAGCUUGUCAGUGUCAAUAGUUCAUCAUAGUUUAUACUGGAAUUUGCACUCCUGAGAUCAGAUUAAACGGUUCACCCGGCAAGAAAUGUAUACCUGCUGGAUUAUACUGCAAGUAUCGUAUUUAGCUAGCUACAUCUGUUCCUCUUAGCAUUAUGUAGUGUUUUAUCGAAAAAAAAGCAUUAUGUAGUGUACAGUACCUAAUUUACUCUUUUUAGAAGAAAAUAUCUGUUAAGCAUUAUGGUGUCCAUGUACUUUUGAACUCGAUAUUUCAUAUAUGGAACAGAUAGAAGAAACUGAGA